CCUACUAUCAUUGGGAAAAACUAAACUUUCUAUGCCCAAUACUCCGUAUAUAAAAGUACAACUGAGCGUACUUUCAAGAAAACAAUCAAGUUCAUCACACUAUAUUCAAGAAAACCGAAACAAUAAUGGACGCCGGAGGACGGAUGGGCGUACUGAAGAAGAAGCUCGACGAAGCCAAGACUAAGUAUUACCACUUCAAGGCCGUCGUCAUCGCCGGAAUGGGUUUCUUCACCGACGCCUACGAUCUCUUCUGCAUCUCCCUCGUCACCAAACUCCUCGGCCGCAUCUACUACCACGUCCCCGGCUCCCCCAAGCCCGGCACCCUCCCUCCCCACGUCUCCGCCGUCGUUAAUGGUGUUGCCUUCUGCGGCACCCUUGCCGGCCAGCUCUUCUUCGGAUGGUUGGGGGAUAGGUUGGGGAGGAAGAGGGUCUACGGCCUCACUUUGGUCCUCAUGUUCGGCUCCUCCAUUGCCUCUGGCCUCUCUUUCGGCUCCUCCCCCCGCGCCGUCAUGGCCACCCUCUGCUUCUUCCGCUUUUGGCUGGGUUUCGGGAUCGGCGGCGACUACCCUCUCUCCGCCACCAUCAUGUCCGAGUACGCCAGCAAGAGCAGCCGUGGCGCCUUCAUCGCCGCCGUCUUCGCCAUGCAGGGCUUCGGGAUUCUCAGCGGUGGUGCCGUUGCAAUGCUGGUCUCCGCUGCCUUCGACCACGCUUAUAAGGCUCCCUCCUACGAGGCCGACCCGAUUGCCUCCACCACUCCCCAGGCCGACUACGUGUGGCGGAUCAUACUGAUGUUUGGGGCCCUUCCAGCGCUACUCACGUGGUACUGGAGAACGAAAAUGCCUGAAGCCACUCUGGUCGCCAAGAACGCAGAGAGGGCGGCGGUGGACAUGCCAAAGGUCAUGGAAAAGGAUAUAGAGGCAGAAAAGGUAGAAACCAAUCCCCCUGGAAAAUCGUCACUGCCGUCGUUUGGACUCUUCUCAAAGGAAUUUGCCCGUCGACACGGGCUGCACCUGGUGGCCACGUGCACCACUUGGUUCUUGGUGGACAUGACGUACUACAGCCAGAACUUGUUCCAGAAGGAGAUCUUCAGUGCGGUGGGGUGGAUCCCGCCAGCGAGGACGAUGAGCGCGAUCAUGAAGGUGUUCAAGAUCUCCCGGGCCCAGACGCUCAUCGCUCUCUUAAGCACCGUCCCGGGGUACUGGGUGACGGUGUUGACCAUCGACAGGCUGGGCAGGUUUGCCAUCCAGAUGAUCGGCUUCACCAUGAUGACAGUGUUCAUGUUCGCGCUGGUCAUCCCUUACACCCACUGGUCCAUUCCGGGCCAGCAAAUAUGGUUGGUCGUCCUCUAUGCCUUCACCUUCUUCUUCGCCAACCUUGGGCCCAAUGCCACAACAUUCAUGGUGCCGGCCCAGAUUUUCCCAGCAACACUGUGGUCCACCUGCCAAGAAAUAUCGGCGGCUUUCGGGAAAUUAGGGGGAAUCAUGGGGUCCUUCGGGUUCUUGUAUCUGGCUCAGCCGCGGGACAAGUCCAAGGCGGACGCGGGGUACCCUGCUGGAAUCGGAGUGAGAAAUUCUCUCAUCAUUUUGGCCGUCCUUAACUUUCUAGGCAUUUUGUGCACACUCUUGGUCCCUGAAUCGAAGGGGAAUUCCCUCCAGGAACUGUCCAGAGACGACAACGAAGAAGAAAAAGACUGUGUUAACGAGCAGCAGCAGCAGCUAGAGGAGAAGAAAACGAAUACGGUGGAGGGAAACGGAACAAUGGCGUCAUCUAUUCCACAUGACACCGCACUUCUCUUUUUAGUUGUCGUUAUAUGUCAUUGCAGUGUCAUUAAGGCAAUCGGCCUGACAUGUCACCACACUCCUACGAACCAUUGUGCUCUCCAUCAGCGUACCAAAACAAUGUCAAAAGUAACACACUAUAAAUUAAACAUACUAACAAGAUUAAAGUAAUACCGUUUCACCUCACAUGGACUCAAUGUCUACCAUAUGCACCAAAUUGAGGCGGAUGGACUUAGACAGGAUUCAGGUCUGAAGAGAGCGACCGGAACACAGGUGGGAAGCCGAUGUAGCCAUGUAGGUGUGUUCAGAACGUUUGUUCAUUUUUAUGGUUGUGUUCUUCAGGUCUUCCUUUUAAUCAGAUCAAAAGCAUUGUUUUAUCACACAUGUCUCUCCCUGCAUACCAAGAAAAAAAAAUCAAAUCUAAAUAGAACAACAAGAACAACCCAAUUGGAUCCCACGAAAAAUCAAAUCUUAAUAAUGAAGAAAAUUGGGAUUUUGAGAGUACGAUGGCUUUGACGUAAGCAAUGACUUUCAAUCAGAUGGCGUCAAUUGUGGCGUCGUUCAUCAGUGUCAAUAUGUAGUUUGACUCAAAGUUUAUACAAUAAAUCAAUAAUAUAGCGAUGACUUUCAAUCAGAUAGCUAAGAACUUUGCAAAGUACAACCAAAUUAAAUUAAUGUCAAUAUAUAGUUUGACUCAAACUUCAUAAAAUACGGAGUAAAAAAUUAAUAGAAGCGGACUAGAAUACAAGAACUACCAUAAUGAAUGCAGAGAAUAAGAACUUUGUUAUUACUGUGUGUUAUCGAUUAUUAUCCUCCCUAGAGCUUUUCUGAAGGGAUGCAUGGAGCAAUGAUGCUCAAAGGUUCGCACAACCAAGGGUUUCGUCUAGAUGUCAUCUCAGUGCGGUCGGGUAGUCUCAUAAAUACAAAUUUUUUUUGAUAAUUCGUAAAAAAAGAUCAAGCUAUAAUAACACCAAGAAUUACAACAAAAUUGACACCACUAACUAUAACAACAUCAAGAUUGACAUCAUGUCAAGUUUUUAUAAAUGAUAUGAAUCAUAUGAUGGACCAUUUUCAGCACUCAACGUGUUUAUAUGGCCAUAUGAUAGUUCAUACAGUACUACUAGUUGGAAAAUGUCUACUUGUUUAUAGCUGAGUGAGCAGAUUAUACUUGUGCCUUUCAUUCCUCAAAAAAAAACUUGUGCCUUUCGUUUUCACGGAUUUUUCUUUGAACUUUUAAGGUAUUGUCAAAAUUAUCCUCGCUAAGAGAUUUUGGAAGCAUUUUUAAGUCCACUUCUUCACAGUAUGUUAUCCCUCCAUUUUUUCACAACAUAAAAUUAGAACACACCACUUGUGUUGUUUGUUCAAAGUGGAAUGACUUGGGAUUGGAACCGAGGGUAUGCAAAUGCAAUAUCACUCUACCAUUUGAGCUAAUAGGAAACAAAAUAUUUUUCAAGGUCAAAUAAUCCUUAAAAAUAUGAUUGUUUGCUCCCCCUUUGCUCUGAAAAAAAAUUAGCUGAAAGCCCCAAAUGAUAAAACAACAAAAGAUCAUUGUCAUGUGACUGUAUUGUGCCACUUAUAUAGCUUAACAGUGCAAAAACAAGUUUCUCAUAUUCAGCCAAACCAAAAGAGUGCAACAACUACAUAGCAACUUACUUCCAAAAAUUUUCCAAAGAAAUGCAGCAAACCGGCCCUUCCCAAACAUGUAAUGCUUCUCCCAACAUGUAACCUAUGUUGCACGGAUUCCUCAAAUAGGUGCCACUACCUGUCCCCG